AUGACGAUCUCAUUUUGCCAUUCUCUUCUUCUUCAAUCAAUUCUCAUAGUCCUCUUCAUCCUCUCGUCUUCUUCCUUCAACUCUGCCGCCUCUGAAGUCGGCAACUACAAUGUGCUCAGUUUCGGAGCCAAGCCCGACGGCAAAACCGAUUGCACCAAGGCGUUCCUCAGUGCAUGGCAGAAAGCUUGCGACUCGGCCGAAUUGGCCACCAUUUACGUGCCGGCCGGGAGGUUUUUGCUCGGAAAAAGUGUCUUCAGCGGCGAAUGUAAUAAUAAGGUUAUCUCUAUAACUAUCGACGGCACCUUGGUGGCUCCGUCCCACUACCAUGUCACAGGAAAUGACGACAACUGGAUCGUGUUUGAUAAUGUUGAUGGAGUUUCAGUUCGCGGCGGCUUGCUUGAUGGCCAAGGCACUGCUUUGUGGGCUUGCAAGAACUCCGGCGGAAAUUGCCCUUCCGGAGCCACGAGCUUAAAAUUUACCAACUCUAGGAAUAUCAUGGUCAUCGGUUUGACCUCACUCAAUAGCCAAAUGUUUCACAUAGUCAUCCAUCAAUGCCAACACGUCAAAAUGCAAGGUGUGAAGGUGACUGCCCCUGAAGACAGCCCUAACACUGAUGGCAUUCACAUAGGAGGGUCAGACGAUGUCACCAUACUCAACUCCAACAUUCGAACCGGUGAUGAUUGCAUAUCGAUCGGCCCUGGCACCACUAACUUAUGGGUUGAAAACAUUGCAUGCGGCCCUGGCCAUGGAAUAAGCAUUGGAAGUUUAGGGAAGGACGAGAAUGAAGAUGGCGUGCAAAAUGUAACGGUGAAAACGGUUAAAUUUGCGGGUACUCAAAACGGCGUGAGAAUAAAGACGUGGGGAAAGCCAAGCUCAGCUUUUGUGAGAAACGUCAUUUUUCAACAUGCCGUUAUGGUUGACGUGAAAAACCCCAUUGUCAUUGACCAACAUUACUGCCCAGAUGACCACGGCUGCCCUCAUCAGGCAUCUGGGGUGAAAAUAAGUGAUGUGACAUACCAAGACAUUCAUGGAACAUCAGCCACAGAAGUUGCUGUGAAGUUUGAUUGUAGUUCCAAGAAUCCAUGCAGCGGAAUUAGAUUGGAGGAUGUGAAGCUCACUUACAACAAUCAAAUCGCUCAAGCUUCAUGUCAGAAUGCUGGAGGCACCUCACAGGGUUCAGUUCAACCAGAAAGUUGCUUAUAAUAUUAAUUC